CAAGGACUGCAUGAGAGGGAUGGCCUGUCUUAUCAUCACCGUGGAGCUUCUGUUCCCAGCAUUCCACAGUUCCAUUGGAAGUCCAGCUCCCUCAGAGCACCAUGGUUGUGGGGGACACAGAGGGUGCACAGGCAAUGAAGAAGAUGAUGGUGAUACCACAUCCCACAGAAUACUGGGAGAGGAUGGAGUGAAGGAAGACCAGGCACAGCCACUGAAAGAACUGGGACGUGUCACCAUUGGAGACAGGGAGGGAAGGGUGGCGAUGAUACCAGUGACCCCAAGAGGAAAAGGGAAUCGGGGUCGGGACCGGGACCUGGGUGCCUCGCGCGCGCACAGGACCAUCCACAGGAAAUGGAAGGGUUCAUUUCAGACCUUUGGAAAGGAAAUGCGCAUCACAGGUCACUCGGUGUCCCCCAGCCACCGCACCGUCCUCCAGGAGUACAUGUGUUGCCAAUGCUGUGCCAGGUUUGGGGGUCACUUGCCUGUGCCUCGGGCUGAUGCACUGCUGCCCUACUGGGUCCCCCUGUCCCUGAGACCACGAAAGCAGGUCUCAAAGAUGAUGCGACGUUAUAUCCCCAGAGCCAUAAGGUCAUGUCGUUGCCCCUGCCACUGCUUUGGGGGCCACCUUCCAAUGCCCAGGGAUAGGGCUGUUAUGCCCUAUUGGGUGCCCCAGGGGCUGAGGUCACAGAAGAAGGUGAUGAAGAGGCUGGAGAAUGUUAAAGACACUCCAGAGUGCUCCCUGGAAUCAAGCAGCUGGCAUGGCUGUUGGCGGGUCUGUGGGGACCAGCAUCUCCUCCUCAAGUGGCAGCAGCUCCAGGCCCUUCAUCAAGAUGAGCUGCCAGGCUCUCAGGAGGAUGCGCCACAUGCUGGCCGCUUAGGCCUCUUCCUACCCAUGAGCUUUAAUCUCCUUACCCUGCUGCAGUUUGUCCUGAGGGCCAUCAUGGCCAUUCGCCAUUUGUUUUGGGACUGAGUGGAGACUUCAGCUACUGUCAAGAUCCUCAGCAAGAAUGGCAGUCACAAUCACGGUUCUCAGGGGAGGCCCUCAGAUCAGGAGGAUUUGUGACGCUUGCUGUCUCCACACAACAAGAUCUGCACCCACGAUCCAAUCUGAAGUAGAAGCCACCACAUGACUGUUAGUUGAAGGCAGGCUGGUGUGAAUAUCUGAACGAGUCUGUUAUGAAUGCAGCCAAUAAAUGUUAUUUGUGAAACUCUAAA